AUGAUACAUUCUUGGUGGAUCCUCUUCUCUUCUCUUUUUCUCAAACUCUGUUUAGGGUAUGCCGCUAACGAACUACCGUGGUUAAACAACGCUAUCGAUGCCGAUGAGUUGAUGGCGGGUCAGCUGGUGUUCGACAACCCUACUUAUGAGUCCAUCGACAAAUGCCCUCCAUGCUUCAAUUGCAUGCUUCCGAUCUUUGAAUGUAAACAAUUCUCGCAGUGCAAUGAAUACACUGGUCAAUGUGAAUGUAUCUCGGGAUUUGGUGGGGUUGACUGCGCCCAACCGGUUUGUGGGUCUUUGAGUGACGGCAAUGAUCAUCGUCCUCCUCGUGGAGAAAACGAAACUACUUGCGACUGCAAGCCUGGUUGGUCAGGUAUAAAUUGUAAUAUCUGUGAAGAGGAUACUGUUUGUGAUGCGUUCAUGCCUCAAAAAGGUCUUAAAGGCACCUGUUAUAAGCAAGGUCUUCUUGUCAAUCAGUUCCAUCAGAUGUGUGAUGUCACCAACAAAAAAAUUGUUGCUAUUUUGAAUGGUAAGAAACCACAAGUUACCUUUUCUUGUAACAAAACCGCAGAAAACUGCAAUUUUCAAUUCUGGAUUGACCAAAAAGAAAGUUUCUACUGUGAUCUAAACACUUGUUCCCUUAAAUAUGACUUGGCAAGCAAUACUAGUCAUUACCAGUGUGAAGAUGUGGCUUGUAAAUGCCUUCCUGACCGUAUGCUUUGCGGUGAGGACGGUUCAAUUGAUAUCUCAGACUUCCUUACAGAAACCAUCCGUGGACCAGGUGAGUUUUCUUGUAACUUGGCUGAACGUAAUUGUCAGUUUUCUGAACCAAGUAUGAACGACUUAAUUUUAUCUGUGUUUGGGGACCCAUAUAUCACUCUCCAUUGCGAAUCGGGUGAAUGUAUUCAUUAUAGUGAAAUACCAGGUUAUUUGCUUCCCCCAAAGAGGGCCUUAUCUCUAUACAAUCUUUUCUUCAUUGCUGCCGUGGUGCUAGGGGUUUCUUGCCUUAUAGUGGUUUUGGUAUUCUAUAUCAAAAAGUCUCCACUAUUUGGCGAUAGUACUAUUGUAUUAUCUGAUGACGAUUCUAGUAGUAAUGAUGGCGCCCAUUCAAUGAGUAAUAGUACAUUAAUUAGCACACACAUUCCAGUGUCGUUAACAUUUGAGAAUAUCAGCUACACAGUCAAGAAUAGAACCGUUCUUGAAAAUGCAUUUGGUAUUGUCAAGCCAAGAGAAAUGUUGGCUAUAAUGGGCGGGUCGGGUGCUGGUAAAACCACCCUUCUUGAUAUUUUGGCUGGCAAAAAUAAAGAUGGCACAAAGACCGGUAAAAUUCUCAUUAAUGGUAAGCAAUUAACGUCUCAUGAGUACAAAAAAAUAAUUGGGUUUGUUGAUCAGGAAGAUUAUCUCAUCCCAACCCUCACAGUCUAUGAGACAGUUCUAAACUCUGCUCUACUUCGUUUGCCACGUAACAUGCCCGUGGCUGCCAAACAGCUCCGAGUCCUCGAGGUCCUUGACGAGCUUCGUAUUCUUAAGAUCAAAGACCGUCUCAUCGGAUCUGGCUUGGAGCGUGGAAUUUCUGGAGGUGAAAAGCGUCGUGUGGCUAUCGCUUGUGAACUUGUGACUUCUCCAUCAAUUCUUUUCCUUGAUGAGCCAACUUCAGGUUUGGAUUCUUAUAAUGCCAAAAAGGUCGUCGAAUGUCUUGUUCGUCUCUCCCGUGACUACGAACGUACUAUUGUUUUCACCAUUCAUCAGCCACGUAGUAAUAUUGUGGCUCUAUUUGACAAGUUGUUACUUUUAUCAGAAGGUCUGAUCGUGUAUUCUGGCGAUAUGCUAAAAUGUACAGAAUUUUUCAAUGGUCAAGGUUAUCAAUGUCCUCAAGGUUACAAUAUUGCAGACUAUCUCAUUGAUAUUACCUCAGACGCCAAAGGGAAUGCUGCUGCUAAAGGAAAAGAGCCUAUUAAGUUUGGACAAGGUGUUGACGAAGAAAAUUUGCUUCAUGCUGGUGAGGACGAUGAAGACCAUCAUCAUGAUGUUGCCAACUUGCUUUCCCGCCGUGAUUCACAGAUAAAUACUACAGAUGAAUGGGCUCAUUUUGCCUCUCACCGAGACGAAUUAUCUGGGACUUUAGGUCAAUCACAAACAUCUGCGGGGUCUAAAUUGCAAGAUUCAAGAAGCUUGUUGCGUUUCCGUGACUCAGCGUAUGCAGAGGAAAUUCUCCAAGAUAUCAAAACAACCAACGAAAGCUAUAAUAGCGAUGCUAACUCUAAAAUUGCGUCAGUUUCUGGUUUAUCCCAAGCGUCCACACUUCAACAGAUUGUCAUUCUUUCUUCCCGUACAUUCAAGAAUUUGUACCGUAAUCCAAGACUUCUUAUGACUCAGUAUCUUCUUUCGAUAUUUAUGGGUUGCUUUGUUGGUAUUCUUUAUUAUGAUAUUGAAAUUGAUAUAAGCGGAUUCCAAAAUCGGAUGGGUUUGUUCUUUUUUGUGCUCUCUUUCUUCGGCUUCUCAACGUUGACCGGGCUCCAUUCAUUCUCAAUCGAGCGGAUUGUGUUUAUGCGUGAAAGGUCCAACAAUUACUAUUCUUCCUUCUCUUAUUACUUCACUAAGAUUCUUUGCGAUGUUUUGCCACUACGUGUUUUCCCUCCAGUGAUUCUUCUUGCCAUUACAUACCCAUUAGUCGGGUUGAAUAUGGAAGAAAAUGGCUUCACAAAGGCUAUUGUGAUCCUUGUUUUGUUCAACUUGGCUACUGCUCUCGAAAUUUUGAUUGUCGGAAUAUUAAUCAAAGAAAGUGGAAAUGCUACUCUAAUUGGAGUGUUGAUACUAUUAUUUUCAAUGCUCUUUUCUGGCCUCUUCAUCAAUAUCAAAACAGGUGAAACAACUGCUAAUGCUGUUGCUGCUGCCGCCGCCGGUACUGUUCAAAAAAGUGGCGUAUUUGCUUCGAUUGAUUUGAACGUGCUUAAAUAUCUCUCUACUUUCCACUAUGGGUAUGAGUCGUUGAUUAUCAACGAGGUAAAGACCUUGGUUUUAAGAGAAACCAAGUAUGGUUUGAAAAUAGAGAUUCCAGGAGCAACUAUUUUGAGUACUUUUGGAUUCAACGUUGGUGCAUUGUGGGAAGAUGUUGUUGCAUUAGGAGUUUGGUGUGGGGUGUUCUUAGUUGCCGGCUUUGCAUGCUUGCAUUUCUUUGUUGUUGAAAGGAGAUAG